UCCGGUGUGGGCUGUAGGUCGACGGGUCGUUCUCCAUCUUGUUAGCUUCCUUUAGCCAAACAAACGGGUUGCGGUGCCUGUCUGUCAGUGUCUGGCGGCUCGCUCCGGUUUGUCUGCUGGCCGGUGGAAGUCGGCGUCAUGUGGUAUGAAAUCCUGCCCGGUUUGGGCCUCAUGUCGGUGUGUUUGAUGAUGCCGGGAUUCGCCACCACGGUGAUCCAGAAAUACAUGAACGGAGGGAAGGAGAAGAGAGUGGCCAGAGCCCCGUGGCAGUGGUACCUGAUAGAGAGGGACAGGAGGGUCGCAGGAACAGGAAACAGCUUUGACAUCAAGGGACUUGAGAACAUCAACUGAUGAGAACGACGACACCCAGGAGAAGAAGAUUCCUCUGUACAUUGAAAGAUUAUAUGUAACAUUCACUUUGUUUUGUUUUUUUCAAUCUUUUAAUCAAGCUGUUGAUUAAAACCUUUAAGGUGGAAAACUUG